AUGCCUCCAAUUCUCCGAAACAGCGCAUCUGCACAACCUCGUGUUGUCUGCUAUUACCAGACAUAUUACCCAAAUAAUGGCAAUGAAUACGUCUCAAUGCUACCUCUGGUAGCGAACAGCUCUGGUAUAACACAUGUUAUCCUUGCUGCGAUCCAUAUCAAUGCCAACCCAGGGAACAUCACCCUCAAUGACGAUUCCCCGUAUGAUCCCCGCUAUACAGCUCUAUGGGCAGAAACAAAGUUUUUUCAAACCCGAGGGAUCAAAGUCAUGGGGAUGUUAGGUGGAGCCUCGCAAGGAAGCUUUCAGCGCCUUGAUCAAAACCCCUAUUCCUUUGAGCGAUAUUAUACUCCUCUCCGAGAUAUGAUCCGACAUCACGCGCUUGAUGGAUUAGACCUAGACGUGGAGGAGGAUAUGUCUCUUGAAGGUAUUAUUCGAUUGAUUGACCGUCUCAAGUCCGAUUUCGGGGAACAAUUCAUUAUCACGCUGGCUCCCGUUGCGACCGCCCUGAUUGAGGGACUCCCCCACUUGUCGGGAUUUAACUACAAAGCCCUUGAGGCCGCGCGAGGUUCGAAGAUCGCAUGGUAUAAUACCCAGUUUUACAAUGGCUGGGGCGGCAUCGAGAGUACGGAGGUAUAUGACCAGAUAAUGGCUGAGGGUUGGGCAGCAGCAAAAGUGGUGGUAGGGAUUUUAACAAACCCUGGCAAUGGGUCCCAGGGUUAUGUGUCAAUAGAUAAGAUGAGCUUUAUUAUAGGAAUGUUGAUGCUGAAAUACCCAGAUUUUGGGGGAAUUAUGGGCUGGGAAUAUUUCAAUGCGUUGCCUGGAGGUGUGCAACGACCAUGGCAAUGGGCGGCUUUAUACUUGACUUCAGUGUUUGUGAUAGUCACAAACCCAACAUUUAAACAACAGCAGAAGGAAAAUAGCACCGUGAGGAAUGCGCGGAAGCAGGACAAAACAACAAAGGGAAAUCGACAUUCAAGUGAAAAUGGUGACAAGAAUAAAACAACGAGAGGACAGUCGCCGUUGUCCGUGGUUUUGACCGGUAUACCCUCCGCGAAUGCUAAAUACGCGAACGUGGCGACUAUUGGGGUCAAUAUACUUGUGGGACUCUUCUCUCUCGAUGUCCUUCUCCGGAGCCAAUUUCUGAAUGCUGGCGAUGACCUGACCUUUUCACGGGUUGGAUAUGUAUCGCCAACAACUGCCAAAAUUCUCCUGCGCGAACCCGAUGUAGGAAAGCUUCCUAUCAACAUCGCCUACCAGGAAAUGCAAGACGGGCGGGUGGGCAAAUUGAUUGAAGCGGGAACAAUAGAUAAUAUAUUAGAAGAGACGGAUUACACUUAUCCUGUGUCUUUGACCGGCCUUCAACCCUCGACAAAGUAUCGAUAUUUGUUCUCAAAUAACCAGUCCGGGGAAUUUACCACAGCGCCCGCUCCAGGCUCUGAAGCUGCAAACAGAGUCACCUUCUUGAGCUCGAGUUGCAUGAAGCCGAAUUUUCCGUACAACCCCCUAAAUCACCCGCUCCAGAUCGCAGGCCUUGAAUAUCUUUCCAAGAUCGUAUCAAAGCUCCCUUCCAUUCCCUCAUUCAUGCUCUUCCUAGGGGAUUUCAUCUACAUUGACGUCCCAUACCGAUAUGGCUCUUCCGUCGCCGACUACCGAAGCGAAUACCGCAAAGUCUACGCUUCUCCUUCAUGGCAUGUGCAGCCGGAACCGCCAAUCAACAUCCCCUGGCUCCACACCCUCGACGAUCAUGAAAUCGAUAACAACUGGCACAAGGGGAACAUCACACCCCCUUACCCAGCAGCAUUUGACCCAUACCGCCACUACCACAUGAGCGUCAACCCUCCGAUCCCCGAGCACCCCUUUGCUAUCCCUUCUAACACUACCUACUUCUCCUUCACCCACGGGCCCCGCCGCCAUCUUUAUGAGCCUGCAGGUGUGAGAUGGAAAAUAAUCACGAGUGGCGUGCCGUUUACCAAAAAUUGGCGCAUCGGGACGGAAGAUACUUGGGGAGGUUUCUUGGUUGAACGGCGCAAGAUCUUCGAAGCUAUCUGGCGGACCGAGAGGGAACAGAGGAUCCGCGUAGUGCUCCUGAGUGGCGACAGACAUGAAUUUGGCGCGACAAGGUUUCCUGACCCAACUCUAGCAAAAGCAGCGGCAGAUAGCAAUGAUUCACAUGGUCAUGACAGCAACAUGGGUAUCCAUGAGUUCUGCACGGGUCCGCUUAGCAUGUUCUAUGUUCCCGUAGACUCCUACGUGCAGACGGACGAUGAGGAUCUUGCUCUUCUGCUACCUUCAUUUUCCCGCCGAGAGCCUGCAGGUGUGAGAUGGAAAAUAAUCACGAGGGUCGUGCCGUUUUACCAAAAUUUUGCCGCAUCGGGCGGAAGAUACUUGGGGGAGAUUUCUUUCUUUGACCGGCGCAAGAUCUUCGAAGCUAUCUGGCGGACCGAGAGGGAACAGAGGAUCCGCGUAGUGCUCCUGAGUGGCGACAGACAUGAAUUUGGCGCGACAAGGUUUCCUGACCCAACUCUAGCAAAAGCAGCGGCAGAUAGCAAUGAUUCACAUGGUCAUGACAGCAACAUGGGUAUCCAUGAGUUCUGCACGGGUCCGCUUAGCAUGUUCUAUGUUCCCGUAGACUCCUACGUGCAGACGGACGAUGAGGAUGUUAUGAUCAAGUACUAUCCCGCUGGCAACAACAAGCUGGGCGUAAUCAAUAUUGACAUGGAUAAUGCAGGUAAUUCGGUGUUGAGGUAUAGUUUGUAUGUCGGUGAAGACCUUUUGUGGGGAUAUAAACUGGUUAGUCCACUGGUCUUGGGAGGUGAACAGAAUGCCGUGUUGCCAGCUGGAGAAGUUUUCCUGGACAGGACCAGAAGAAAAGUUGUGCCGCAAUUGAUUAAGAAGGUAUCUGGGGAAGUUAUGGGGUGGGCGAGGCCUUGGUUGAAGCGGAGUUUGGAUUUUGUUACUGGUAAGGUGUUUGCGUUCUUGCAGAGGGAGGUUGCGACGGAGAUGUAG